AUGUCAUUUGUUGAGCAACUAGACAAUCUGGUAACCAAGUUUGGCGACAAAUCCACACUCCUCACAGACAAAUUUACUAUUCUUUCUGAAAUUCAAGAUUUAUUGGAUGGAAAAUUCGGCAAUGAUUUCGAAUUGUGUAUAAACAAAAUAGUCCCCUCCCUCGUUUCUGGUCUUAAUGAAAUCACAAUUUCCUUUGAUGAAAAUUCUAACGAACAUAAACUGAGACACAAUAUUCUAGAAUUAUUAAACUCAUGUUUUAGUAAUCAAUUAUCAGAGGAACUAGUUAAUAAUGUUUUGGAUUGCUUAUUAAAUAUAUUACCCAAGGAAAAUGAAGAGAAUGGUAUUAUUUGUAUGAGGAUCUUAACUCUUCUAUUCAAAUCAUUUAAAAAUAUAUUACAAGAAAAAGUUGAACAAUUUAUAUGCAUAAUUAUCCAAUGUUAUAAAAAUUCUCGUGAGUUAGUUAAUAAGGAAUUCGAUCAAAAUAACGAUCUUCUUUCCAAUGACAUUGUUCCAUUAAAAGAUCCCUUGUCACAAAAUUUAUUAGAUGAAAAUAUACACUCUUUUAACAGUGAGUUCUCUAAUGAACUAACCACUAUAAAAGAUGAUUUCUCUAUGGCAGACAAUGAAAAUUUGACUGUAAAGAAAGAUACUGAAACCGAUAACAGUUAUACAGCAAAUGUUACUGCUGGUUCAUUAAGAAGUACUAUGCAUUCUUUUAAGGUCUUAUCUGAAUGCCCAAUUACAAUGGUAACACUAUAUUCUUCCUAUAAACAACUAACAAGGACUUCUCUACUUGAGUUUACUCCGUUAGUUUUGGAAUUACUUAAACUUGAAGUUGACAAACAAAGAUUGGCAAGACAAGAAGCUGAAGCUAGAGGAGAAAAGUUUACUGAUGUAGCACCUGGGAUCACCAAUAGAGAAGUUUAUUGUGAAUUCAUUUUAGCUCAAAUUAAAGCAACAUCCUUUUUAGCGUAUGUAUUUAUUAGAGGAUAUGCCACUGAGUUUUUACAAGGUCAUGCAGAAUUUGUUCCUGAUUUAAUCAUUAGAUUAUUACAGGACUGUCCAUCAGAACUUGCAUCUGCCAGGAAAGAACUUUUACAUGCUACUAGACACAUUCUCUCCACAAAUUAUAAAAUGUUUUUCUUAUCAAAACUUCAUUAUUUGUUUGAUGAAGAUGUUUUAAUUGGGAAAGGUUUUACUACAUAUGAGAUACUAAGACCAUUGGCAUAUAGUACCGUAGCAGAUUUUAUCCAUAAUGUUAGAAUGGAGCUUCGAUUAGAUGAUAUAGAAAAGACCAUAAAAAUGUAUACCCGCUACCUGCUAGAUGAAUCAUUAGCCUUUACUGUUCAAAUCAUGAGUGCAAAAUUAUUACUAAACCUUGUGGAAAGAAUUUUAAAAUUGGGAAGAGAAAAUCCUCAAGAUGCACCCAGAGCUAAGAAAAUGCUUAUGAUUAUUAUUAAUGCCUACAUGACAAGAUUCAAGAUUCUAAAUAAACAAUAUGAUAACAUAAUGAAACGCCACAAAAAAUACAUUCAAACACGAGAUGCCAAUUCCAAAGAAAUUAAGAGUUUGGUAGAAAUAGAGGAUAUAGGUAUAGACAUUUACAUGAAAAAAGUAUUCAAGGUGAAAAAUUCUAAUGAAAAUGAUCUUCCUUCACACCAGUUAUCCCAUGUUUCAGAAGCCGACUCUGAAGGUGAUAUAAAAAUGACAGAUGACUUAAAAGUAGAAAAUGACAGUCAAAAUAAACAAAAAAUUGAUGAUAUAUUUGAUCUUCGAUAUUUCAAUUCUAUUAAAAUCAGCCAAAAUCCGAAUACGGACCCCAUCAAAGAUGCAUUCUAUCUUUAUCGUACCUUAAUGUCCUUUCUCAAAACUAUUAUUCAUGAUUUGAAAGUAUUUAAUCCACCACCCAAUGAUUAUACACAAAAUCAUACUAAACUAUGGACUGCCAUAUCUAGAGUCUUCUCUUAUGAAGAAGUAAUUAUGUUUAGAGAACUUUUUCAUGAAUGUAUUAUUGGGCUGAAAUUUUUUGCAAACCCUAACCCACCACAACAGAUCACGAAAAAACAUUUUGAUAUCACUGUUCCAAGCCUACCUGUCACUGCGACAAAGGAUGGUAAAGAAUUAAUGGAAUACCUAGCUUUUAUAUUUAUCCAAUUAGAUAGUACAACAUUCAAUGAAAUUAUAGAAACUGAAAUGGAAUUUAUUUAUGAAAGAAUGCUAGAAGAUUCUGCACUGUUACAUGUUGCACAGUCAUUCCUUACUACUGAAAUUACAUCAGCUAAUUUCUUUAGUAUAUUAUUAAGAUUUUUAAAUACCAAAUUAAAAGAUUUGGGAAAUGUGGAUUUCAAUGAAUCUAAUGUAUUAAUUCGAUUAUUUAAAUUGUCAUUUAUGUCAGUUAAUCUAUUUCCAAACACAAAUGAAUUGGUUUUAUUGCCUUAUCUAAACGACCUAAUCUUAAAUUCUAUAAAGUAUGCAACACAAACAGAGGAGCCAUUAGUAUACUAUUAUCUAAUUAGAACAUUGUUUAGAAGUAUUGGUGGUGGAAGAUUUGAGAAUCUUUAUAGAUCUAUUAAAACCAUUCUUCAACUUUUACUUCAAACAUUAAAUGAUAUGAUAUUAACAGCAAAAUUACCUCAUGAACGAGAAUUAUAUGUUGAACUUUGUAUAACAGUACCUGUACGACUUAGUGUUUUGGCACCGUAUCUUCCAUACUUAAUGAAACCAUUAGUUUAUGCUUUACAAGGAUACCCUGAACUAAUUUCACAAGGGUUAAGAACACUAGAAUUAUGUAUUGACAACUUAACGGCAGAAUACUUUGAUCCUAUUAUUGAACCAGUCGUUGAUGAUGUCUUAAAAUCCCUAUUUAAGUUAUUACAGCCUCAGCCAUUUAAUCAUACUACAAGUCAUACAGUUGUUAAAAUUUUAGGGAAACUUGGCGGUAGAAAUAGAAAAUACCUUAAGCCCGCUAAUGAUUUAGAAAUUAAAGAUGAAUUGAAUUAUGAUCUUAAUGCUUAUUUCAAGGCUAAAGGAAUGCCAAAUGAAUUCGAACUUUCUUUGACAACUGGUGUAGAGUCAGCCUUGGAUAUUAUCAUUAGUUACAAAGCAGAUGUCAGUUACAAAAUUAGUUCUUUUAACUAUCUUUCAAAAAUUUUGAUGCUUUUUUUAAAAUCCUCUAUCGAAUUUCCAAAAGAUUAUGCAGAAUCAACCAAAAAAGUUUUUAAAGCUCAGACUUUGGAUAAAUAUGAUGUGGAGGAAAAUUUUGAGUUAGGACAAUCGAGACCUAAAAAUGAAUAUUCAUAUCAAGAGAAACUUUUACUAAAACUAUUAGAGGCGAUGUUUAUAGCAACUUCUAUCAAAGAAAUAGAAGGAGAAGCAACUCAAUUGUUAAAUCACAUAACUGAUCAUUUUUGUUUAUUGUAUGUUAGCAAUGUAGCAUUAAGAAAAAGAAACUUAAUGAAUUUGUUUAACCUAGAUAUACAACAGCCUGAUUUUUCAUUAGAUAGCACUACUUUGAUUCAUGCUGUUUCUUCAUCAUUAGCCAGUCACAUUCCAGAUGUGCAAAAAAGUGCAAUAUGCAUAAUCAAUAGAAUAUACAAACAAUCUGAAUUAAUAUGUGGCAAAGAGUAUGUUUUUGAAUACUCACUAGUAUACGAGCUAAUAAAGCAAUUUAUGCAUAAUUGUUAUAAAGAGGCAUUCUAUGAUAAAAAGGCAGGUAUUCUAGGUAUCAAAACCCUCAUCAACGACAUUAAGAUAUCUGUUGAUUUCCUUGGAAAGGCCCAACCAGAUCUGGUUAAUGCCUUUUUAUUUGUUUUAAAAGAUACACAAAUUGGUGUUUCUACCCAAAUAACAGAAGAUGCCGAGAGACUAUUAAUUGAAGUUCUUAAAAUUACUCUUAAAGGAGUAUCAGAAACAGAUUUGGAUUCAAAGCUUCUUCAUCAUACUAUAACUGAUAUAUGUAUCGGAUUAAGCAACUCACAAACCAGCGUAAGAAAUGCAUGUCAAAAAUGCCUAACAGUUAUAAAUGAGGUGACAAACAUUCCUGUUGUAAAGUUAAUAGACAGGUCAAAAAAAUUUUUACUCUCACCAAUAUUUGCAAAGCCACUUCGUGCACUUUCUUUUACUAUGCAAAUUGGUAAUAUUGAUGCUAUAACUUAUUGUUUAGGAUUACCUGAUACCUUUUUAACAUUUAAUGAAGAGCUUUUCAGAUUGCUUCAAGAAGUUGUUGUUUUAGCAGAUGCAGAUGAUGAAUCAUUGUCAACAAUUCAAAGAGCAACUGAACAUCAAACAUCUGAACAACUUGUUCAAUUAAGAAUUGCAUGUAUAAAACUACUUACAUUGGCUCUAAAAAAGCCAGAGUUUGCUAUGGCUCAAUCAGGUAACCUCAGAAUUCGUGUGCUGGCUGUAUUUUUUAAGACCAUGCUAAAACCAUCGACUGAAAUUAUUGAUACUACAUACGAAGCAUUGAGGAGUGCUCUAGAAGAAAAUUCUAAACUACCUAAGGAAUUACUACAAAAUGGUUUAAAGUCAAUGUUAAUGAAUUUAUCUGACCAUCAAAAAUUAACUGUAUCUGGACUAUACGCAUUGUCUAAGCUACUUGAAUUAUUAAUCGCAUAUUUCAAAGUCGAAAUAGGUAGAAAGCUUCUUGAUCAUUUGGCUGCAUGGUGUCGUAUUGAGGUCUUAGAUAGUAUAUUUGGCAAAGAUAUCAACAAACAACUCCCAACAGAAAUUAUUUUAGGUAUUAUCAACAUAUUCCACUUACUUCCACCUAAGGCCGACAUGUUCUUAAAUGAUUUAUUAUUAAAAGUUAUGCUCCUUGAAAAAAAAUUAAGAAUUCAAUUAGAUUCACCAUUCCGUCUUCCUCUUGCUAAAUAUUUGAAUAGAUUCCACCAUUCUGUCACAGAAUACUUCAAAAAGAAUAUGGCGUUAAGACAGCUCGUAAUAUUUAUGUGCAAAAUCAUCCAGUACCCCGAAGCAAAAGAACUUGCAGAAUCGUUUGAAGCCGAAAUUCCUAACUUCUAUUCAUAUUAUAUGACCAAUUUGUCCACUAACCAAAUUAGGGCAGUUAGCUUCUUUGCUAACAUAGUUGAUUUAUUUGACACUAUGGCCAAGAUAAAAGGUGAGGACUGGUUAAAGAGUCAAAGUAAUAUGGUGUUUCAAUUAAAAGAUAUGUUAAAUGCAACUUAUCACACUAUAACUUCCAACUCCUUUUUUGUUGACGAAUUACAAUUAGAACAGGCUAUUUCAAAAUUUCAACCAUUAUAUUUAAAGACUAUUUCCUAUCAACAUGAAGAACAAGACACCUUGCUAUUGAGUUUCAUUGAUUUCUGUAUUUUAACAAGUAAUAAAGUUCCUCAUUCAGUUCUUCAAUUCAUCUUUGACAAAUACAUGCUUUCAACAAAAAAUAAUGAAUGUAAUCAAUUUUUAACAAAAGCCAUUAGUCAUAUGGUAAAGUCAAAAAAUAAUGAUAUCCAGAAAUAUAUUGCAAAAAAUAUUGUUAAUAAUAUUUUAGUUUACCAGGGUGUGAUGAAUGGUUCCUUACGAUUGCUAUGUGAUGAUGACAAAAAUUCUGUGGACUGGUUAACUAUGAUUCGUGAUGAUCUCUGGAAACCAAAAGAUUCUAGCAUCCUUACAAUUUCCUCGGAUAAAUUAGAUUUUUAUAGAUUUUUCCUACUUCAAAUUACAGCUUCUUUUAUAAAGUGGGCUCCUACUAUUUUUACUGAUCUUAGAAAAGAUAUUAUUAAGUUUGUUUGGAACUUGUUAAAAUCGGAAGAUAUUCUAAUUAAGCAAUCUGCCUAUUAUGUUAUUUCCUUAUGUAUAUCUAAAUUCGAUUUCCCUACUAAUAUCAUUACACAAGUUCUUGUUGCCUUAAUGAGAAAUUCGAACAGCGAGGGUCGUUAUUUAAUUACACAAUCUCUAAACUCUAUUGCCCCUGUCAUAAAUAGAGAAAUGAAAAAAACCAAAUAUCCUAAGGAAUGGAUUGAUUGGAUUAAACGUGUUCUAUUUGAGAAUAAUUCAAGUCAAAAUAAUAACACAUUAUAUCAGUUCAUGGUAAAUCAUAGUCGUUUACUCUUUGAUUCUAGACAUCUAUUUGUUUCCAACAUUAUCAAUCAUAUGAAUAAAAUCACGUUUGUAAACAAUGCAAAUGCUGAUAUGCAUGCACUAGCUAUCGAUCUGGCAUCACUUAUUUUAACCUGGGAAGAAAUGGCCUUACAAGAAAGCAAAUCAAACAAAGUCGAUACAGAUGGUGAUAUUGAAAUGUCUAAUGCAGAAUUUAGUGAAAAAACCGCUCAAAAAGGCCAAUAUACUAUUCCAAUUCACCAAAGAGAACUUUGUAUUUCAUUUUUGAUUCGUUAUAUCUGUGCGACCGACCAUAGGGCAAGUGAAAGCGAGCAUGGAAUAAAAGCAUUGAACAUUCUCUCUCAGUUAUUAUCGCCAAAACAUUGGUCAGACGUUAAUAUAAAAUUAUCAUAUUUUGAACGAUUUUUUGCAAACGUCGACUUAGUAUCUGAAAAUACUGUGUAUUGCUGCAUCAAUACCAUAGAUGUUUUGUAUAUAUUUAUCCAUAGUCAACAGUCUCAAUGGAUCAUGGAAAAUUUGGCCAUUACUGAAUCUCUUUUAGAAAAAUUGAUCAAAAUUAAUCAUCAUGACAUCCAAGAAUCAUUACAGAAACUAUUGAACAUCAUCUUAAAGUCCAUUAAACUUCAUGAAAGUAGUAUAGCCACACCAGAGGAGAAACCAUUAAAUACUUUUGUUAAGAACUUGAUUGAGACAAUAAGCACUGAUCUACAAGGAACAACUUCUAUCCCAGCUGGUGUCACUUUAGUAUGGACUCUGUUUGUCAACUUCUCAGAAUCCAUUGAUUCCUUAUUACCUCUUAUUAUGAAAAGUUUUAAUAAACUUUGUAAGGAUCACUUGAGUACUUCUCAACCAAAGGAUGCUAUUGCAUUAGAGGAGGCAAAAAUAACUACCACUUUACUUGAAAAAUUACUAUGCCUUCUCUCAACCAAAAUAUCUGCUUUGGGAGAUUCAAGACGUCCAUUCUUAUCGACAAUCGCAUUAUUAAUUGAUCGUUCAAUGGACCAAAAAUUUUUAAGAAAGAUAAUCGACAUUUCAAGAGUAUGGGUGUUUAGUGACGAAAUUUUUCCUACAGUGAAAGAAAAAGCAGCAAUUCUUACGAAAAUGUUAGCAUUUGAAAUAAGAGGUGAACCAUCACUUUCCAAAAUGUUCUAUGAAAUUGUUCUAGAACUAUUUGAUCAGAAAAAAUUUACCAAUACAGAGAUCACGGUAAGAAUGGAACAACCAUUCCUAGUAGGAUCCAAAACACAGGAUCCUCAGAUUAGAAAAAAGUUUAUGUCAAUUCUACAAAAUAGUCUGGAGGAAAAUAUUAAAGAACGUUUAUAUUAUAUUAUUCGCGAUCAAAAUUGGGAAUUUAUUGCUGAUUAUCCAUGGCUUAAUCAAGGCAUUCAACUGUUAUAUGGUUCAUUUGAUAAAGAUCAUAUAUUAGAACCACGUCACAAUAAUACAUUCUUCCUUUCUACCAUGCUUCAUGAGUACUUACCAAAAAAUAGUGAUAUCAAAAUAAAUGAUAAUUUAGAGCCUUUGGAGAAUUUCAUUAAUGAUCACAAAAAACAUAUGGAGAAAUUGUGCACAAUUAAGGCAUGGGAUAUUUUAGAACCAUUAAUCGAAAUAUUCUAUCAAAGUCCAAAAGCUAUUCAAAAGACCUGGUCUAACCUUUUUGUUCAAGUGUAUCAGUGCAUACCAAGAAGUGAAAAGUAUGGAUUUGUGCGUUCUUUGAUUACUCUUUUAUCAAAACCAUAUCAUUCAAGACAGACAAAUACAAGAUUCAACGUUAUAACUAUGCUACUUGAAUCAAUAAGUAAAAUAGAUAGCUUAGAAAUUCCACCACACCUCUUAAAAUACUUAGCUAUAUCCUACAACUCAUGGUACCAAUCUAUCAAUCUCCUAGAAUCUAUGCAAGAGAAUCCAUCUAUAGAUAAUGUCAAAAUAAUAGAAGCUAAUGAAGAUGCCUUGUUAGAAUUAUACCGUAACUUGCAAGAAGAUGACAUAUUUUAUGGUUUAUGGAGAAGACGUGCCAAAUUCAAUGAAACCAAUAUUGCUUUAUCUUAUGAACAAGUUGGCUUAUGGGACAAAGCUCAACAACUUUAUGAAGUUGCUCAGGUAAAGGCUCGAAGCGGUGCAUUGCCCUAUUCUGAAUCUGAAUAUGCUCUUUGGGAAGAUAAUUGGAUUCUUUGUGCAGAAAAGCUUCAACAAUGGGAUAUUUUGACAGAAUUAGCCAAGCAUGAAGGAUUCACCGAUUUAUUAUUGGAGUGUGGUUGGAGAGUGGCUGAUUGGAAUGCUGAUAGAGAAGCACUAGAACAAUCUGUGAAAAGUGUUAUGGAUGUUCCAACACCAAGAAGACAGAUGUUUGAAACCUUUUUGGCUCUUCAAAACUUUGCAGACACCGGAAAAGGAGACCAAGAGAUUAGAAGAUUAUGUGACGAAGGAAUUCAAUUGAGUUUGUACAAAUGGGUAUCCUUACCACAAAGAUAUACAUCUGCCCACAAAUGGCUUCUACAUGGAUUUCAACAAUACUUAGAAUUUCUUGAAGCUACACAUGUUUUUACAAACCUCCAUACUACUACUGCUCAGAACAUUGAUUCUAAGGCUCAAGAAGUAAAAAGAAUAUUUCUGGCCUGGAGAGAUAGAUUACCCAAUGUUUGGGAUGAAAUUGAUUUGUGGAAUGAUUUAGUUACAUGGAGGCAACAUACAUUCCAAGUAAUUAACAAUGCCUAUCUUCCAUUAAUUUCUACAUUACAACAAAAUGGUAGCAGCAAUGCCAUCAACACACAUGCCUAUAGGGGCUAUCACGAACUUGCCUGGAUUAUCAAUCGUUUUGCACAUGUUGCUAGAAAACAUAAUAUGCCAGAUGUAUGCAUAAAUCAACUUGCAAGAAUAUACACCCUACCAAAUAUUGAAAUUCAGGAGGCAUUUUUGAAAUUACGUGAACAGGCAAAAUGCCAUUACGAAAAUAUGAAUGAAUUGACUACAGGUCUUGAUGUUAUUAGUAAUACUAAUCUGGUUUAUUUUGGUACUAGUCAAAAAGCAGAAUUUUUCACACUUAAAGGUAUGUUCUUGUCAAAAUUAAAAGCAUAUGAUGAGGCGAAUCAGGCUUUUGCUACUGCAGUUCAAAUUGAUUUGAACUUAGCUAAAGCGUGGGCUGAGUGGGGCUUCUUCAAUGAUCGCCGUUUAUCUGAAGAGCCCAACAAUAUUAGCUAUGCUAGUAAUGCAAUUAGUUGUUAUCUUCAAGCUGCUGGUCUUUACAAGAAUUCUAAAACAAGAAUUUUAUUAUGCCGUAUUUUAUGGUUAAUAAGCAUGGACGACGCUGCAGGCUCUUUAUCCAAGGCCUUUGAUUCGUUCAGAGGUGAGAUACCGGUAUGGUAUUGGAUAUCAUUUAUUCCACAACUACUUACAUCAUUAUCUCACAAAGAAGCUAAUAUGGUUAGACAGAUUCUAAUCCGUAUUGCAAAGACCUACCCACAAGCCUUACAUUUUCAACUUAGAACUACAAGAGAAGAUUUCGCAGUCAUUCAACGUAGAACCAUGGCUGUUCUUGCAGAUAAAGGAAGUAAUUUAAUUACAUCGCAUAACGAAGACACCCGCCAACCUUGGGAAUACCUUCAAGAAUUGAGUAACAUAUUAAAAACUGCAUAUCCAUUACUUGCUCUUUCUUUAGAAUCUUUAGUUGCUCAAAUAAAUGAAAGAUUUAAAACAACUACUGAUGAAGACUUAUUUAGACUAAUAAAUGUUUUGUUAAUAGAUGGGACAUUCAAUUAUAAUCGUUUACCACUUCCAAGAGAACAUUCAAAGCUUCCAAGCAAUACAGAAACAAAUUUAAUGAGACUUUCUGAAACAUUAUUAGAUCCCCAUAUUAGACCCAAAUUUAAUGCUGAUUUUAUCGAUAGCAAACCAGACUUUGAAGCUUAUUUAAAACGAUUACGUUAUUGGAGAAAAAGAUUGAAGUGUAAACUUGACAGAGCUCCUCAAGUUGAGUACCUUGAACGUAUUUGCCCAAAUUUAAGCAAUUUCCACCACCAAAAGUUUGAAGAAAUUGAAAUUCCUGGUCAGUAUUUGUUAAAUCACAACAACAACCAUCAUUUUAUCAAAAUUGCUAGAUUUUUACCUGACAUUAAAUUUAUACGUGAUACUCAUGCGUCACACAGAGUUAUUAAGAUUCGUGGCCACGAUGGUAGUAUCCACGAAUUUUCAAUCCAAUCUCCUGCUGCCAGACACUCAAGAAGAGAAGAAAGAAUGUUCCAACUAUACCGGUUAUUGAAUGAAAUAUUAUCUAAGAACGUUGAAGCUAGAAGACGUAAUAUCCAAUUUAGCAUUCCAAUUGCUGUACCAUUAUCUCCUCAAAUUCGUUUAAUGAAUGAUAGUUCAUCUUUCACGACACUUCACAAGAUUUAUGACGAGGCUUGUUCUAAGAUGAAUAUUGAUCCUGAUAAUAUUCAAGACUUUAUUUUCAAAGAAUUAAACAAUGCUUACGAUAAAUCAUUGCCAACACCCGAUAUAACAUUAGUGAAAAUUGAGAUUUUUAAUUCCAUUCAAUCUCUAUACAUUCCUUCCUCAAUGCUGAAGAAUUACUUCACUAACUUAUACAAUCAAUUCGAGGACUUCUGGUUAUUCCGUAAAAACUUCGCAUCUAAAUAUGGCUCAUUUACACUUUUGUCAUAUAUGACAAUGAUUAAUAAUCGUACACCAAGUAAGAUUCAUGUCGAUAAAAAAUCAGGUGAUGUAUUUACAUUGGAGAUGCUACCAUCGAGGUAUCCAUUUGAGAGAGUUAAACCAUUACUGAGAAAUGCUGAAAUCAACCUCCCACCAGACGCUCCAAUUUUCCAUAAUAACGAACCAGUACCAUUUAGACUAACACCAAACAUUCAAAAAUUGAUUGGUGAUUCCGCAUUAGAGGGCAUAUUCUCGAUUGAUCUAUUUACAAUAGCAAGGGCAUUGCUUGAACCAGAGAACGAAUUAAACACUUAUCUGACUUUAUUUAUCAGGGAUGAAAUAAUUUCAUGGUAUAGUAACUUACACCGUCCAAUUAUUGAAAAUCCACAAUUGAGGGUUAUGGUACAAACUAAUGUUGACUUAUUAAUAAAGAGAGUAGCACAACUUGGACAUUUAAGCUCUACUCCGACAGUAACAACCCAAGUUGUCUUGGAUCUGAUUGCAUUAGCCGUUAAUCCAAGAAAUUUGGCUGCUACAGACGUAAGUUACAUGGGAUGGUUUUAG